CAAGCGAGGGGGGCCGAAGUCAGGUGUCCACGCGGAGCGGCCGAGUGCACUAGAGCGAGUUUGCCCUCGGAUAGCUGUGCCCAGUGCCUCUGCCUUGGGGACACCGGCCCCAUAGGACUCUCCAGAGGCAAAGGGCGAAGAGGAAGAGCCGGGGCUUGCGUAGGUACUACAUGCCCGACACCCACCUCUGUGGAACAUGCAGACAUCCGGGUCAAGAGUUACAACGUGAACUCCAGGGAGAGGUAUGUUUGUAACUCUGGUUUCAAACGGAAAGCCGGCACAUCCAGCCUGAUUCAGUGUGUGCUUAAUGAAACCACAAACAUCGCCCACUGGACAACUCCCAAUCUCAAGUGCAUCCGAGACCCCUCCCUGACUCACCAAAGGCCAGUGCCACCCUCCACAGUAGUGACUACAAGGGUGACCCCAACUUCAGAGAGCCCCUUCCCUUCUGGAAAAGAGCCAACAGCUUUAUUUCCCAAGUCAGACACCACAGUGGCCACAGAGACAGCUAUUAUACCGGGCACCCAGCUGACACCAUCCCAGCCAGCUUCUGCAGGAACCACAGGGAUAGGCAGUCAUGAGUCCUCCCAGACCCCAUCUCAGACAACAGCAAGGGUUCUGGAAUCCACGCCUUUCACCUCCCACGAGAUAACAGGUGUCCAUCCAUACAGCUCCAAACAGGCCAUUGUCACCAUCUCCACAUCUGUCAGCACGUUUUGUACGGUGUUGGUGAUGCUUCUCCUGCUGUGGUGCUUCAGAUCAAGGCAAACUUCCCAACCACCUGCUGUUGAAGUGGAACGUAUGGAAGUAAUGCCAAUGACCCCAGGGACCAGCAGUAGAGAGGAAGAAGACACGGGAAUUUACCCACACAGCCCCUGAAACUUGGGGAAACCAUCCAGUUAGGCCUUGUGUGAAGGAGCCAGCUCUGCUUUCCUAAAAGAGAACCUGGAAGAGACACAAGGAGCUGGGCACCAGGAAAAAGCCAGAAUAGUCAAAGGUCCCUGGUGUGAUCUUAUCAACUGUGUCCAGGCACCUCCCCAUAUGGACACUGCCCACCUGGAAAACCUCAGUACAGAAGCCAGCUUCCCAAAGUGUGAGCAGCUGAAGCUCUCCUAGGAGAGGCUGAAGGCCUCCAAAAAUACCUCUGACUUCACUCUGACAUUUUUCAGGACCACUUAUCCACUUGCCUGUCUGUUCCAUCCAUCAUGCUGACUUGCAGUAUACAGAGAUCAAGAAUAUACCUGAGGUCCACCAGUUCAUUCCAAGGAUCCUCCUAGCAUGAAAGAUGUCUACAGGGAAGACAUUGGCAUUUGAAAUCCUAGAAACUGUCUCCAGUGCUCUGUGCCUAUCGAAAGGGAGCCAAGAAAGACAGAAGAGAUACUGAGCCAAUGAGUCCUCUUAAUUUAAGUAUUCAGAAAGAAGCAAACUGAACUCAGUGACAUUUUACAUAUAUAUGCAUUUAUAUUUAUACUUCCUUAUCUGUUAUAUCUACAUAUUGCAUGUGAUUUAUAUUUUGAAAGUGCCUUGUAUAAAUAAAAUAUCUAUUUUUCAAUACAAAAAAUUCACUAAAAGAAUCACCAAGGAGAAAUGGUCUCUAAAGGAAAAAGAUGAGAGUG